UGUGUUGAUUUUUCCCCUUCUCAGAGUGAUCAAACAGUUGUGACCGAUGGCUUAUUGAUCCGUGGACCUACACAUUCCUUUCCUGUCUGGAGACAAGAAGCUUUGUUUUGAGCCAAUCAGAUUUGCCUGAAAAGACAGAGGAAGGGAUGGAAACAAAGGCCCUGUGUGUUUAGACUCAGGAUCUCAGAUCGGCCUCAGCACUUUUAAAGGGAACUCGUUGCGAUGCUUGCUGCUUGCUACUGAUCUAAAGAAAUUGAAAACGAUGACCUAUCUGGACUAAAUCUGGAAACGAUGGAGCAGUAAACUGUUUGGAAGAGUUUAAAGAAGGGUCGUUAAUAUGGAUAACUUCAGAAACAGCAAAAAUCCAUGGGUGCUGUAUGAGACAGAGGUGCCACACAGGAGGUUUUGUGAUCCAGCCUGUGGAGUCAGUCCUCCAGAGAAACUGAGUCCCGAGCACCUGCAGUGUCUGAGAAAUGCAUUUACCUGUCCAAAAGCUGGACAACACAUACAUGAAAACAAACCAAAGAGGAGAAGUGGAAGGAGCAGAGGAGGAAAUGAUGAGUGUGGAAUGAAGUUGGAAGAGUUUCGGGAGGCUCUGAGGUCUGUGAUAGGUCCAGAUAUUGAGGACAUGUGGGUUGAGAGAUUCUUCAGUGAGGUAGACAUCAGCUGUACAGGGCAGGUGACCUGGCAGCAGUUGUGUUCCUACCUGCUUCUGGAGUACACUGAGAGAGAGCGUGCCUCCAUCCCAUCUGCAGCUCUCCUGGACUCCCAGCCACUGAUCAGGCACUGCUCUAUCAACAAGCGAGAGCCAACAGUGCGUGUGGUUGCUGUUUCCCAUCCACCUCCACUCCGCUAUGUUAGUGUAAGUAAAGGGGGUCAGAUCACUGUCUGGAACAGCAGCCUACACAUCCUCAAAAGUCUUGGGCUUGCUGGAGACCCAACAGAGGAAGUGGCCAACACAAGGAGAUUCAGAGGCUGGACCACUGAUGCUGUCUAUAUGGACAACAGCCACAAGGUCGCCAUAGCAACCGACUGCAGGGACUUGCACUUUGUUGAUGUCUCCACAGCCAGUAUAUUUGAGGAUGUCCACCUGUUUGGGUUUCGUAGUGUCCUGACUGCUCUUUGUUACUGGCAUGAUGUUCAGAAUCCAGACCGACCUUCCCUGCUGCUAAUGGGGGAUGAAAAGGGAGGAGUCCACCUCAUGUGGUUCCUGAACCUGACUAAUGGCCUUUUCAAGAAGCUGUCCAAGAAAGAGAACGGCCCACAGAGGAUCUUUUUCUCAGACCUCGGUGAACACAGUGACAUGGUCUCCUACCAUCACAUCCCCAACAUCCAUCAGGAAUCAAUCAACAGAGUGAUGUUUGAGCCCGACACCAACGUCAUCAUGACAUCAUCAGAAAGUGACACCACCUCUGUGGUUUUUAUGAAUGUGGCACAGAAGCGGGAGCCUUAUAUUUGGAAAUUUAAACAGGGAGCCAAAUGUUUCGACUACAAUCCAUCUCUGCAGCUGAUGGUCACAGGAGGUUGUGACCGAGCAGUCAGACUAUGGACUCGAUUUGUGACCACACGUCCUGUAGCCACACUGCUGGGUCAUUGCACCACUGUGUUGGAUGUUGCAAUCUACCAACCUGUUGAGCAGAUCUUGAGCUACUCCAGAGAUGCUGAGCUGAGGGUUUGGGACAUUUCCAGCCAUCACUGUCUGAAAAUCGUCUGCCUGCAGUUCCCCUGCCAGCAGCCAGGUCGAAUCCCAGAACACGGCAACUUCCCCUUCCUGUUGCUGAGCCCUCCUCAUCUCGAGGAGUCUCAUUUAGUGGUGGGAUGUAAAGAUUACCUGGCACUGCUCAGUCUGUCUAAAGCAAGAAGAGGAGGGGGUGGAUGGUUGACGGAUGAAGGACCAAAAAUUCAAAGUGGUCCUGCAGUCUCCUGUGCUUUGUACAACUCCACUCUGAGACAGGUGGUGACUGGAUAUGCUGACUCUUCUGUGUGUCUGUGGGAUGUGGAGACAGGGAGGAGGAGGCUUCAGAUCGUAAAUGCUCAUGGAGAAGAUGGACUCACCUGCAUGGCACUAGACUCCUCCCACAGAAGACUGAUAACUGGGGCUCGCAAUGGGACUAUCAAGGUGUGGAACUUACUCAAUGGCCUUAACUUGCACAAGCUGGAGCCUGUCACCAACUCUGAAGUCACUGCAUUGACCUGUCUCCAUGGCAACCGGCUGCUAGCUGUGGGGUGGAGCCAGCGAAUCGUUCAGUAUGACAUCGCAGCCGCCAAGGAUUUGUAUGUAAGAGCAGACAUGUCAUGGAAGUCCAGCGGAGUCCACAAAUCAGACAUCCUGGCUGUGAGACAGUGCUCUGCUCUCGGGGUCGUUGCCACGGCGAGCUACGAUGGAGAGAUCAUCAUCUGGAGGAUGGAGACACAAGGACCAGUGCUACGCCUGCAGAGGCCGAAACAGGGAGGAGUGAUGCCCCCUGUGGACAGCCUCUUGUUCCUGCAGCAUCGAGCUGGCAACAGAAAGCUGAGGAACAGAGGUGUCCUGGUCUCAUCACAGGCCGGCUGUCUCUGCUUCUGGAGCAUCACUGGAGAGACACACACUUACGGUCAGUUCUACGCUCCAGAGCAGGCAGGUGAGCGUGUGCUGAGCCUGAACUCAGAUCAGACUAAAAACACCAUCCUGGUCUCUGGAGACACAUCAGGCUGGCUUCAGAUCUGGGAAAUCUAUAAUUUUGCACUAGAAAUCCAACAUGAGCCAGGGUGUGAGCGGCCUCCUAUGAUGCGGUGUUGGAAGGCUCAUAAGAGAGCGAUUGUAAGUGUGGAGGUCCUCGAGGUGGCUGACAGAUUGUUCAUCCUCACAGCUUCAGCUGAUGGCUCUGCUGGACUGUGGACUGUGGACGGAGAUCAUGUGGGUUGUUUCAGAGAGAAAAUUACUUGGAAUAUGACUGAACCAGCUACAUACCAGAGGUAAGGUUCAUGAGCUUG